GCGCCGCGGCUGCCAGCGCGGAGCGGGCACGGCGCGGGGGGCGCAGUGCCGUGAGGGGCCGCGCGAUGUGGCUGAAGCCCGAGGAGGUGCUGCUGAAAAAUGCCCUCAAGCUGUGGGUGCAGGAGCGCUCCAACCAGUACUUCGUGCUGCAGAGGCGGCGGGGCUAUGGCGAGGAGGGCGGAGGCGGGCUGGCAGGUCUCCUUGUGGGAACACUGGAUGCAGUGUUGGACUCCACAUCGAAAGUCGCCCCGUUCCGCAUCCUGCACCAGACCCCCGACUCGCAGGUCUACUGGUCCAUCGCGUGCGGAUCCAGCAGAGAAGAAAUAACAGAACAUUGGGAGUGGUUAGAACACAAUGUUAUGAAGACUUUAUCAGUGUUUGAUUCAAAUGAAGACAUUACGAGCUUUGUCCAUGGAAAGAUAAGAGGUUUGAUUGCUGAAGAGGGAAAAGAUUCUUUUGUAAGAGAAGACGAUCCUGAGAAGUUCCGUGAAGGUCUUAUGAAGUUUGAGAAGUGUUUUGGAUUACCAGAGCAGGAGAAGCUGAUUACCUACUACUCGUGCAGUUACUGGAAGGGCAGAGUGCCCUGUCAGGGAUGGCUGUAUCUUAGUACCAACUUCCUUAGCUUCUACUCGUUUUUGCUUGGAGCAGAAAUAAAACUUAUUAUCUCCUGGGAUGAAAUAUCAAAACUUGAGAAAACUUCCAAUGUGAUUCUGACAGAGAGCAUUCAUGUGUGCUCUCAUGGGGAAGAUCAUUAUUUUUCCAUGUUUUUGCACAUUAGUGAAACAUUCCUUCUCAUGGAGCAGCUGGCAAACUAUGCAGUUAGAAGGCUUUUUGACAAGGAGACAUUUGAGAAUGAUCCAGUCCUUCACGACCCUCUGCAGAUCACCAAGAGAGGCCUGGAGAGCCAUGCCCACAGUAAGCAUUUUAGUGCAUUCUUCAGGCUACCUAAAGAAGAGUCCUUGAAGGAAGUUCAUGAGUGCUUCUUAUGGGUUCCUUUCAGUCAUUAUAACACCCAUGGGAAAAUGUGCAUUUCAGAAAACUACAUCUGCUUUGCUAGCCAGGAUGGCAGCCUGUGCAGUGUAAUCAUUCCCUUGAGAGAGGUCACGGGGGUGGAUACAGCAGAUCCAGCCACCAGAGGAGUCAGCAUUAGUACCAAAGGGAAAACAGCUUUUCGUUUCACAGAGGUGAAAGAUUUUGGAUUGCUUGUGGCAAAGCUCAGAAUGAAAUGCAAUGCAACUGCAAGUCCACAGCACAUCAGAAGUACUGAGGUUGCAGCUGGUUCUGCUGCUGACAGUCCAAAGGAUUUUGGUGCAGGACAGUCAAAGAUGGGCCAGAGAGAUAACAGCAAAACUGUCAGUACAGAAGCACUUAUGACUGUCUACCAUCCUCAGGAUGCUGAGAACCUUGACUCUAAAAUGUUGAAAGAAAAAAUGAAGGAGCAGUUGUGGAACAUCCUGUUUGCAGAACGGGGCCAUGGGGUCAGUAUGUUUCGAACAAAGAAGACUCGAGACCUAGUUGUAAGGGGCAUCCCAGAGGCAUUAAGAGGAGAACUCUGGCUGCUCUUCUCAGGUGCUGUAAAUGAUAUGGCAUCCAACCCUGGUUAUUACACUGAGUUGGUGGAAAAGUCCUUAGGAACGUGCACUUUGGCUACUGAUGAAAUUGAGCGAGAUUUACGUCGCUCCUUACCUGAGCAUCCUGCUUUUCAAAGUGACACGGGAAUUUCUGCCCUCAGGAGAGUUCUUACAGCUUAUGCAUUCAGGAAUCCACAAAUUGGAUAUUGUCAGGCAAUGAAUAUUCUGACAUCAGUGCUUCUGCUGUAUGCUAAAGAGGAGGAAGCAUUCUGGCUUUUGGUUGCUGUGUGUGAAAGGAUGCUCCCCGAUUAUUUCAAUCGCCGAAUCAUUGGUGCCUUGGUAGAUCAGGCAGUGUUUGAGGAGCUCAUCAGGGUUCACCUGCCUCAGUUGACAGACCACAUGAUGGACAUGACUUUUUUCUCCUCGGUCUCUCUCUCCUGGUUCCUUACCCUUUUUAUCAGUGUGCUGCCAAUUGAAAGUGCAGUCAAUGUGGUGGACUGUUUCUUCUAUGAUGGAAUAAAGGCAAUCUUGCAGCUGGGCCUUGCAGUGCUGGAAUACAACAUGGACAAGUUGCUCACUUGUAAGGAUGAUGCAGAAGCAGUCACUGUUCUCAACAGAUUUUUUGACAGUGUCACUAACAAAGACAGUCCUUUACCUCCAGCUGUGCAGCAGGGCUCCAACCUCAGUGAUACAAAGAGUGACCAUCCAAAAGUGGACAUCACUGAUCUGAUCCGAGAGUCAAAUGAAAGAUACGGUGAUAUUCGCUACGAGGACGUUGAGAGCUUGCGCUGUAGGAACAGGCUGUAUGUGAUCCAGACCUUGGAAACUACGACCAAGCAGAAUGUGCUACGUGUUGUGUCUCAAGAAGUAAAAUUCAGUCCUAGUGAUCUUGAAGAGCUUUAUGAAUUAUUCAAGAAGGAGCAUUUUCUUUCCUGUUACUGGAGUGUAAAUAGUCCUGUCCUGCAACAUCACGAUGCCAGCCUGCCCUACCUUGAGCAGUACCGGAUUGAUUGCCAACAGUUCAGGGUUCUCUGCCAUCUCCUGAGCCCCUGGUCACACUGUGCAAACAGAGACUCUCUGGCUCUGUGGACAUUCCGACUGAUGGAUGAGAGUUCCAACUGCCUUAUAAAUUUCAAACAAUUUGCCUGUGUUCUUGAUACAAUGUAUAAUGGAAGCUUCACUGACAAACUCAAGUUUCUUUUCAAGUUGCACAUCCCUCCAGCUUUUACUGAAGUAGAAUCUCUGAGCCCUUCCAAAGGGGAUGAUCUUUCAAAAGAAGAACUGAUCCACUUCAGCCAACUCAGUGUUUCAUCUGUUGGGGAUAAUCUUGAAAGUGAUUAUUUGAAGAGCAGCCCAGAAAAAGGGAAGGGGAAGGUUGAUAUUCAGGCAUAUCUGAAGCAAUGGCAAGAUGAACUUUUUAAAAAAGAAGAAAAUGUCAAGGAUUUGCCAAGAAUGAAUCAGUCUCAGUUCAUCCAGUUCUCAAAAACUCUCUACAAUCUGUUCCAUGGGGAUCCUGAGGAGGAGCUCUUGUACCGCGCUAUUGCCGUGGUGACCAGCCUCCUGCUGAAGAUGGAAGAAGUGGGCAGAAGGCUGCAGAGUCCUAUGUCACCUGUCAAAAGUCCAGUUGCUGUUACAGAAGUGGCUGCUGAAGUGCCCAGAGAGAGGCAGGAGGAAAGCAGCUCUGAACAGACUGAAGGCAGUCGAGCACAGAGUUUAAAAGGCAACCAUGAAUGGUCUUUUGCCUUUGAGCAGAUUCUGGCAUCCUUAUUAAAUGAACCAGCCUUUGUGAGAUUUUUUGAAAAACCUCAUGACAUAAAAGCUAAAAUAGAGAGUGCUAAAAAUUUACAACUUAAAGCAAGAACCAGAGUGUAAUUUUCUUUGCAUUCGACUCUGAAUUAAUCCCAUAAAGUGCUUACAAAUGAAGGCUGUAACUAUGGAAAUCAAGUCUGGUGUUGACAUAGGAAAUGAAGUUUGAAGAAUUAGCUUCAAGUAUCAGAUUACUGGUAUGUAAUGUAAAUAAAAAUAGUUUGAAGCACAGUCACUUUCUUGCAUUGUUCAUAACUUUCAAUCCAAAUUAGGGACUGAAUAAUGAACUGCCUUUACCAUGUUAUUAAAACAUGCAGCAUUGCUUGGAGAUACUGGUUGUGUACCUGUUGCAAACCUGUCUGAAUCACUGUUAGAGUAGGUGUUCUCCAGGUUCUUUUCUAUUACUAUGAUAAAAGGAGUGACUUUUUCCCAUUUUCACUUUCAAGGAGUGUCAACAGCUUGGUGGUUGUCUUCCACAUUAAUUUGUUAUUUCCAAAUUGCUUGUGGACUGGGGCCAAAGCAGGGUGAAGACUAAGAACAGAGGCUGUGGUAGCACAGGACCAUGAGAUUAGAAAAGGAAGUUGCCCUGCUCACAAUUCCUCUGCUUUGAUGUUACCCAUGGGUCUGGACUGGGUAGAUUCCAGUCUCUCCCAUUUUUGUACCAAUCCUCCUACAAAGAAAAGGUGAAAAGGUUGGAAGAUUAUUUGGUCAUCCAGGCUGCACAAGGCUGCAAAAAUUAGUACUGAUUGUUUAAAAUCAAAGGAAAGCAGUGGCUAAAUCUGUCUGACCACAGGGUGGUUGUAGUUUAUCUGGCAAAAGGAAACAUUGUUGGCUUCUUAGGAGCAUGUUGAUGAAAUGUGGAGUUUUGCUGGUGUUUGGGAAACCCAAGCACAGUCCAUCUGCCACUGAGCGUUGACUAUUGAACUGCUUAGGGACAGAUUGCAGUUGCUUCUUUGCCUAGGCUGAGUCCAUAUCUCAGCCCAGUAAUUACUAUUGCUUUUCUAUAGCUGCUGUAAUAUUUUCCAUCUGUCAGGAUUCAAGGCAACAAGAAAAUCCCCUUGAAUCUGACAUGAAAUUUUUAAUAUAUAAAAUAUGAUAUAAUAGAGAUCCUGUGGAGGAAAGCUCUGCCCAUGUAAAAGCUGAGAAAUGUUGACGUUUAAUUUUUGGUAGCUGGUGCUAGAAGGAAUUUAGAAAAGGAGAGUAAGAGCUUGUAUUUUAACAACAACAGCAAAGUAAGUGGGGAGUCUUGCUAAACUAGUUUAAAACAUCUGUUUCCCAAGCCUGUAUGACAAUCUUUCGCUGCAGAGCAGCAUUAUUUUUAUACUGUGCAUGUUUUUUUAAAGAGGCAGAAUGGGGACGGUAUCUUUCGGAGGCUUUUUGUGCAAUACUGGUGUGAAUGAAGAAUAAAACAAAUUUCUGAUGUCUUACAGGCACUUUGUGAAAUGCCAUCAUUGCAGUUGGUGUUAAAUUUAUGAAUUAUGUCUUACACUCUCCUCAAUACUCUCAGGUAUUAAUGUAAAAUAAAGUUUUACUGAAGAAGUCCAAAAGCUAUAUGAUAAAUGUGGAGAAUGAGGAACUUUUUUCAGAAGCCUUCACAAAGUAAUUGCAGUUGAUACCAUAUACUGCUGAUUUGUAUUUUUAUGUAUAAAAUAUAAAAACUAAUUUAUCCAUUUAUGUGGAUAUGGAUAGGGCCACACUGUAUUACCUUUUAAAAAUACUUUCACAAAGUUGUUUAGAAAUACAAAGCAGAUUAUAAUGUUUUUCUAGUCCAGGAUGUACCCAGAUAAGGUUUGAUCAGUGAGUAAUUCUCCUAAUAGCCAUGAUGAAAUUAAUGGAGCCUCAUGAGAACAGAUAAAGCUGCCCAUAACAAAAGCUUUUGUAGGUUUAUGAGAGAUACUGUUCAUGUCAACAAGUAGUCAAAGCUGUGAAGUAUUUGCUGAUCAAAGUAACAGAGAUAUGAAGUCUUAAAACUCAAGGACUUUUUUGCUUGAGAGCCCAGAUGUGAAGAUCUAAGUGCAGAAGAAGGUGAAGGAACUUGCAAAGUACAACAGCCUUCUGUUGUUACCUGGUUGUAAAAAAGUGCUCAGUCUGUACAAUACCCUUUUCUGUUAGUGCCCACCCAAGAGACUGCAGAGCCUUUGCCAGCUGGGUAAUAACUCUUGUCAGAUCCAUGUAUGAAGAGCGUAUCUAUCAAAAUAGAAUUAAGGCAAUGACGUAGGGGGGAACACUAAAUUUUAUUAACUGCAUGGAUUUUUUGUUCAACUUACUGGUGUUUUUUCCCAAAAGGGGUGGUGUCUUGUUCCUGUCAUACACCUGCAGGCUGAUCCAGGAAGAGUAGUCACAGUGACCAGGCAUCCAGUCUCAGCAGGAUGGAGGGUGGAGUGAGGUCACUUCCAAUAGGCUGACAGCACGUAGGCAAUGGCCCAGCUGCCAUGUUUUUCCUUUUGGAACCUCUGGAUCAGGGGCUGAUGUCUGGGGAGGGGUAGAUGUAGCAAGUGCCAGUGAUUGCCAAGGAGUGUAAUCCAGAGGUGUGUUUGCUGAGCUAGUACCUCAGUGUACCAUAAGCUGAGCUCUGCUUGUGACAGAGGAACUCUGGAAUUAGUGUAUAGCUUCUUUCCUUCCCUUUCCUAUUCCAGAUCCUUCCAUCCCUAUUCCAGACAGGUUGGCUAACAAAUAGAUGCAGGUUUAGCUGGGACUGGCAGAGCUAGAGCAACAGCAGCUAGUUCCCUUCCUUCACUCCUGGAGAGUGAUGCCUUGACCUCAAAGCCCUGCACAGUCAGGGAUGGAGAUCUCUGUGCUGUGCUGCUUCUUGGCCAGGUGAAGUUGGUGAUACAGAGAUGGCUCCAGACUCCCAGCACAUCACCUCAGGGUGCUGGGUGUGCACAUGAAGAGGAAGCAGCUCGGUUAAGUGAAUUCUAUCGUGUCAUUUCACUCACCUGGUGUUAGUUUUUUUCUGUGUGUUUCCAUGAAGUUUUCUGCCUUUAUUUUCAGGUUCAGUCAUAGGAAAUAAGUGAAGGUGCACUGUUCAGUACAAAGCAGACAGCUGUAGAUUGCUACAACUACUGAUGCUGUUUGUGGCUGCUGCAGUGUGACUUGGCAGCUGUGUCACGGUCACCCUGCAACACUGGCAGUGCCCGUGGGGGACUGCACAGUCCCUCCUUGUGAUUAUGCUGUGUGCUAAGAUGCCUUUUGUCAGAGGUAAUCAGUAGCCUGGGGACAGCCAGCAGAGCUGUGAUGUUCCUGGCCUUGCCAUAUGGAAUGUGCUGUGCUGCAGCCUGAUGCUGCUCUCUGUGCUCUGGGUGACAGUGACAGCCCUGACCCCCACAGGGUUGCUUGGCCUCUGUGUGCCCAGCUCAGAGCUUGGGCAUGUGAGGGGAGGGAAUAGCUCAAAUAAUAAAAAUACCAGCUCUUUCCACCAUGGGAGACAACUGAUGGUAAUUAAACCAGUAGCAUUUUCCAAGACAUGGAAGUGACUGCUGCCAUACGAUACAGAAAAAUCACUUUCUGUUUCCAUCCAUUUCUAAACCAAGCCACUUGUUCAUCGUUCUAAUGGCUAAAUAAUAAUGUAAUUUUAGAAGAGGUUGCUACCAUAGUGACUAAGAAAUAGCUGUGUGUUGAUUUUAUUAGAAGUUUCUCAUCCAAUUGUACCAUACAAGGUUCUUGAUUUUGAUUGUUGUUGUUAUCUGGACUAAAACAGAAGGAAACACUCUGAUUUGUUUCCAGAAAAAUAGGCUAUUUUGUCUUUUUUGCUAUAGCUUUGUCACUUUACCAAGACGGCAGCACAUGUUUGUGUUGACAGAUUGGCUUUUAUACAAUGUGUUGUAUGCAGAGGUAUUGUAAGACAAAUGGGGAGUUAAAUAAAACGUUGUUUCCCUUAAGAAAAAAAAA